ACAAAUAAGUCAAUAAUAUGUUCAUUAUUUAUCUUUCAAGAGAUAAUGUAGGUAUACAUUAUAAUAACUUUUUUACACAGUCGAAAUUAUAUUCCUAACAUUAGUAAAAUAACAUUUUAAUAUUUUUUUUAUAGGUUAUGUAUUGAAAGUGUUGGAAAAUUAUUUCAUGUUUUAGCUGGAAAACGACAUUGAGAAUUAUAUGCAAUACAAGAUAAUGGGCUCCAUCAAAUGAAUUCGAAUGAAACCAAACUGUUUACCAUCCAAAUUCGAUUGUCGGGCAGAUAGAAAACGAAAAUUCACUCAAAGUGAACCUCGACCUGCAUUUGUGAAACGGCAAAGACUCACUAUUGUCAAGGAGAUUGAAGAGACGACUAAAAAUGAGAUGUGUUAUAUUAUUAUGCCUUUGCCAUCUUGUAGUCAAGAUGUCCAGCCACUUGAAAAUAGGUGUAGUAAUGACAAAGCUAUCCAAGUAGCUCCAGCACAGGAACACAAAGCAAGGCAAGUGUGUAUUGCCACAUCACCCCUAAAUAUAUCUGAAGCAAGUACAAGUAAACAAUCAGAACCAGCAAAAAGAAAACUGUUGUUUUCAAUUGACAAAUUUGACAGUGAUGAGUCAAAUGCACCAGCAACAGAAGGAUCAACAGUUGACUAUGAGUUAUAGAAGAAGAUUAAUUAAUAUUUAUUUAAAUUAAUAUUAAUGAAUAUUAAUUUUAAUUACCGUCCAAAAUUUGUGGUCAAAACAUAUAUGUGUAUUUUAUAAAUAAAUAUUCAUUCUCAGUA